AUGCAACCCUGGGCACUGGAACUUGUCCAUACGGCAGGGGAAGGGGGUCACUUCUUGGCAGGGAUGGCGCCCAUUGUCGACGCUCAUGCUCGAUCCUGGAGAAUCUUUCACCACCAUCCCACCAUCUCCACCGACCCCCCCCUGGGCAAUGAUGUCGCGCUGGACCAUCUCUCGCUUCGACAUGAGAGCCACCAUGCACACUCUCCAAACUGGAUACGGCGUUCCAGAAGCUCGUCGUCGCUCUCAAGUCCUCUGGCUGCUUGCACACUACUAGCCUUGCGAGCUCGGCGCGCUCCGGGAUGUCGAGGUCGAUGUCGGUCGGGCUCGUUGAAGUUCGUCGUCCACGUCGCCGUCGACGCCAUCUGUGUCCAUGCCGCCGUCCUCGUCAUCGGUGCCGUCCUACUGCUGCUGCUCAAUGUCCCCAGGUCGGCCGGUUCUCGAAAGUAGUACUCUCGGUACUUCUUGCGGACAUCCUUGGGCCUGCUGGGCCUUCAGCGUCCUGAAUCCGCCGGCCAAUCUCCCUCGAUGCGCUCGCUGUUCUCGUUGCCGCUGCGGGUACUGGUGUCUGCCCGCCUUGGAGUUAUCGUGCGCUUUUCCUCCAGUUCGAGCAUUUUUGGAUCGGGGCCCACGUCGCCGUUGACGCCAUCUAUGUCCAUGCCGCCGUCCUCGUUAUCGGUGCCGUUUCCUGCUGCUGCUGCUUAAUGUCCCCAGGUCGGCCGGUUCUCGAAGUAGUACUUUCGGUACUUUUUGCGAACAUUUUUAAGCCUGCUAGGCCUUUUAGCGUCCUAAAUUUGCCGGCCAAUUUCCCUCGAUGCGCUCGCUAUUUUCGUUGCCGCUGCGGGUACUGGUAUCUGCCCGCCUUGGAAUUAUCGUACGCUCCUCCUCCAGCUCGAGCAUCUCUGGAUCGGGCUCCACCUGGUCCCAGAUCUCCUGGGGCACCAUGUUGUUUGCUGGUAGCGCGCGGGGUCGCGCAUGACGUCGAUGUGUGAGAGCAUGGCCGGGCUGCGUGGGCUUGCGUGCCAGAUUUAGUGUUUGCUGUGGACCUGGGGAGAGGCCAGCCGGCCCGACCCUGGUGUUGGCGUACAGGGAAGCCUCCUGUCAGGGGGUGCGGAAAAUGCGCCCACGGUCUAGCAAGAUUGAGCCCUUUCAAUAGCGCGAUCACGACUUGAUAUGUAAAGCGGCAAGCGAGGAACUUUUGUUCGUAAUCUUGGGCUGGGCCGUGCUGGCUAAGCAAGGAGGGGAGGCAGAAGUGCAUGGCAAAAAAUGGUAUUUGUGUUACAGUCAGGCCUCUGCUCCCAAGGUAGGGCACCUGAGGAGUACUGAACAGUAGCACGUAACUUGACAAACUGAAGGGAUUUACAAGGUAUUUAUCAAGAACUAUUUAGGACAGUAGGAGAUCCUCCUCUUAUAUACCCUGGCAUGGUGCAC